CUUAAACAAUGAUGUACAGACGUGGCUGCUGUUUGAACUAUAAAACAGGUACAUGGAUAUAAGACAUCAACGUGGUAUACUAUAAAACCAAAAUUUGUGAGCCGUCUAAACCAUCGCAAAAUUGGAUUUAAGAUGGCUUGUGUAGCUGUCACACUGCUGCUGUUGGUGACGAUAAACAACGUUAAAUAUGCGGAAAUGCAACCUCCGGAAAUGUACAAAUGUCAUUAUGAGAGCAAUAUGCAACCGGUGUCGUUGUCAUCUUUGUGCUGUGAUGCUGUGAAAAGCUCUUGUGCAGAUUCUUGUUGCGGACACGAAGAUGGGAUAUUUUGUGACUGCUGUGCCAGAACAGAAUCAGAAGUGCCGGCAGCAACGCAUUUAAGCACUGGGGAUAAAACAUGCGAGAUGAGAUAUACACCCGAUGCUGACGGUAUUCCUAUCCAUGAAAUAAACAGCUGGAAUAAAUACAAAUUCUUUAAUCAUAAAACCAUGUCGGUAGACCUACCGGAAUUUUGUUGCGAAAGUUUGAAUCGUCUGAACAAAUGUAAGCGUCCGGCAGUAUGCUGCUACACGGACACAGAACCAUUCUGCAAAUGCGAUGCCCCUGGUGAAGAUAUCGGGUCCUUGUUUAAAUAUAUCAAGAGCCAGAGGCCGGUAGCUGUCAUUGUAAGCAAAGCAAGAAUAAUGGAUGCAGAAGCGAAAAUGAAAAAAUACAGCAAUACAUUGUGUUUCAAUGAUACGGUGUCAGGUGCUGGAGAUGCACUGUCGAGUGGAGGGGACACUUGGGUAAAUUUGAGUGACAAAUGUUGUUUGUUUAAAGAAGCGACAUUUUUAGGAAAGUGUUGCCGUAUUGAUGAAUACGAAUAUUGUUUCGAUUGCGCAGAUGACACUUUCACAGCAGAGAAAACCCCAUCCGAUUGUUUCAUACAAGUAUCCAGUGAAAUGAGCAUUGCCAAUGACAGGCUACCACCAAGAGAAAGAGUUCAGAGUGUCUCAUCGGUAUGUUGUUCCAUCUAUAAAUACAAAAAUUGCACGACCAAGGAAAGUUGGCCAUUCUGCAGACCAGGUUCAGAUUCUGACUCACCACAAAGCAAGCGAAGAAUAAGAAAAAUGAAAAGACUUGAACGAAAACACGUUAAACAGUUAUACAAAGACCUGUGUUCACCGAAAACGACUUGCAACAGAAGUAUGGAUUCAGAUUCGUUGGUUCCCUAUGAUGCCGACAUGGUUGCGGAGUGUUGUAAGAUGAUGAAUUGUAAGGAUAAGUGCUGUGAUAUUGACGGGAGUCCUUUCUGUAAAUGCUGUAAAUCUAACCCAAAAGGGAGAAAAUCACAAUGUGACACCAAGUCAUGUUUUGUAAAAACAGCGCCCCCAACGAUAGUCCUUGCAAAGGAGUCGCCUGCGGAUCAAUGCGAUACACCUUUAUUCUUGCACGAGAUAUGCUGUGUCAUGAGGCAGUGCGAGAACACAGGUGGAAAUGAGACAUCGUGCUGUGUCAGUGGAGAUCUACAAAAUCCAUGUCACUGUUGCUUAAACGAAGAAUAGCGUGGAAUGUCUAAUAUGAUGUACAAAUAUAUAGUUGCUCAAAUAUGGAUAUUGACACUUCACAAAUCUUG